AUGUCUGAACACGCCUCUAUUGUCAAGGCGCCAGAGUGCGUGUUCAGAUAUUUUGAGCACCUCGGCUGCUCCGAUAUAUCUGAUGGCGACUGUGGUAUAACGAUGUCUAACAUGUGGUCACACGGGUACGAGAUAAGGAAAGUAUCCGUGGCCGAAGCCUACAUGGCUAUGGCAUUCCAAAUACUUCUAUUUUCUGUAAUCUCCUGGUACUUGUCCAAGGUGCGCCCGGGCAAAUUUGGCCAGGCAUGGCCCUGGAACUUCCCGUUUAAACGAGAGUAUUGGAGUAACCAGCCACCAGUAGAGGCCGUGCAGAGAGAAGUCGAGACUAUAAACCCGAAUGACAAACAAUACUUCGAGAAGGCCCCUGACGGCCUUCCGGUCGGCAUACGGGUCAAUAAUGUCUACAAGGCCCCUGAAUGUUUUCUCCAGUCGUUCGGUAAAGAGACGGUGCUGCACGGAGUGAACCUGGACGUGUAUCGCGGCGAGAUCACCGUGCUGCUGGGCAACAACGGCGCCGGGAAGACCACACUCCUCAACAUCAUCACCGGUCUCAUCCAAGCGUCGUCGGGCACCGUGCUGAUUGAGGGAAAGGACACCGUCAAGCACUCGGUGGAAACCCGCAAGCUGAUCGGCCUCUGCCCGCAACAUAACAUGUUCUUCGAGUUCCUGCGAGUUCAAGAACACGUUAUGUUCUUCGCUAUGCUUAAAGGACAAUCGUGCGCACAAUCCCGCGCAUCAAGCUCCGAGCUACUCGCCAAACUGCAGUUGUCUGACAAGCUGAAAGAAAAACCUACAGCACUGUCCGGCGGUAUGAAGCGGCGCGUGCAGCUGGCCUGCGCUGUUGCUGGCGGGGCCAAGGUGCUGGUGCUGGAUGAGCCGACCAGCGGGCUGGACGUGGAGACGCGCCGAGAGCUGUCUAACGUGCUCCUGGGUCUCCGUGGGCAGCACACGGUGUUGCUAACGACGCACUUCAUGGAGGAGGCGGACGCGCUGGGCGACCGUAUCGCCGCGCUGCACCACGGCCGAGUGCGCUGCCACGCCACACCCAUGUUCCUAAAACGAGCCAUCGGCACUGGUCACCGUCUCACGUUCACGACGUUGGGCGCGCCGAAUGAAGCAGAAAUCACGAGCACCAUCACCGCCGUCGUGCCGGACGCGACCGUCCGCGACCGUCGUCCCAACGGUCUGACCUACAAUUUGCCGUCGAUGGACACGCCGCGUUUCCCCCAGCUCUUUACCACACUGGACGAAAAGCGCUCCAAACUGCAAAUUGACACCAUUGGAGUCAGUAGAAGCAGUCUUGACGAGGUGUUCUUGGAGCUGUGCAGCGACGAAAAACCAACGUAUGAGGAGAAAGAAACCCCAACUAUGGCCAACAAUGAUCGCGAUGAGAAAAAGAAGCCAGACACUAGAGCGUUGAAUCUGGAUCUGUACACCGAGCGGCCGCAGCGUCACGUACUCGUCAAAGCGGAUGAAAGCACCCUGCAGAGUCUGAGAGCGGCCUUCGAAGGAGUACAACUCUUACCAUCUUUUCAUUCUCGAAUAAAAAUACUUGAGGUAAUAUUUGUUUCAGCCGUGUUACGCACCGGUCGGGAGAACAUGGAAGAGUAUAAAAAAUAUCUAGUGGGGAUCGAACUUAACGAUAUCAGUGCCAAGGCGCUUUACUCACCAUCGCUGCGCCACGCGGCGCCCGUAGCGCUGAACGCGCUGAGCAACGCGCUAGCCGCGCGUUUGACAAGACUCGACGCGCUACGAUCGAUGGGCGCGCGCACGAUCAAUGUGCGCUACCAUCCUCUGCGCGGCGCCUACGUGCCCUACGAUGAAGCUGAACUACUGCAGCCUAAGAAGAACGAAAUGAUAAUGCUAUGGAGCAGUUUCACGGCUUUGAGUGAGAUUAUUUUUAAAAGAGUCGUAUUUUGCAGUUAUCUGAGCUCGUGCGUCCAAUUGCCGUCCAUUGAGCGCACGACAGGCACGCGGCACGCCUACAUAAUGACGGGCACGCCGCGUUGGCUACACUGGGCCGCCUUGUACGCGGGACGUGUCAGCUUUACACUGAUCAUUGUGUUAUUUAUCGUCCUGUUCACUUUUGUGUUGGAAAAGGAUCACACUUUCAACCAACUCUGCUUCUUAGUGGCGCUGUUCGUGGUGCUGAUGCUGAGUGUCCUGGCGACCCUGGGGCUGGUGUACUUCCUCAGCACGCUGUUCAGCCUAACGACCGCCACAGCCGUGCUCUUCAUACUCAUCAUAUUCACCACUUUCUUCACUGCUAAUGUGAAGGAGUCCGAAAAGUUUUUUUAUACGAUUAUGUACAUUCCUUACGUUCUGUUCCCGCCGCACGCCCUAACAAUUGGGCUGCUUAAGUCGGCGACCGUGGCACAGGUGAACAGCCACUGCAACUUGAACAGAGGCAGGUGCCCCGAACUGGCUGGGCCCGGGGCGUUUAAAGCGGAGACAUGCUGCGGGUCAUCUCCGGGUUCGGAGCCAUGGAGCUACUGGUCUAUUAGCGACGCGGCCGGCGUCCCGAUGCUCGUCCUCGUCUUCCAAGCAGCCGCGUACUUCAUGCUGACAUACCUUUCGGAUAACGGCACACUGGAGCGCCUGACGUCCUCGGCAGCUGCUCCGCCGAAGCUACGCUUUAAGGACGCCGCGGUUCAGGCUGAAGCCCUCUACGUCGAGAAUACCAUUAAACUGCCUAAUAAUCAGAUACCAGACGCUGUCUUGGGUUACAAAGUUCAGAAGAGGUACUCAAAAUGCUUAAAGAAGCCAUAUCAAGCCGUCAAGGGUAUCAGCUUUUCUGUCAAGAAAGGAGAGUGCUUCGGCCUGCUUGGAGUGAACGGGGCCGGUAAAACCACGACGUUCAAACUGCUGACGAGAGAGACAGCUGCUACGGGAGGCCAAAUCUUCGCCAACGGGUACCGUUCUACUGAGCGCAGCAAAUACAUGCCCACGUUAAGUUACUGCCCGCAAUUCGACGGGGUAGAUGGCUUCCUGACGGGUCGUCAGAACCUGACCCUGCUGCUGAAACUACGUGGUCUGAAAGCUCCCGAUGCGGCUGCCCUGGCAACUUCCUGGAUCAAAGAAGUCGACCUGCUUCAGCACGCGGACAAACCCGUGUCAUCGUACAGCGGCGGCAUGGCGCGGCGCCUGACGGCGGCGGCGGCAUUCUGUCAGCCUGCGAAAACCGCCAUUCUUGACGAGCCCACAGCCGGCGUGGACCCGGUCGCGCGCCAUCACAUGGACCAGGCGCUCAUGAGCAUCAGGAGACAGAAAUCUAUCAUUAUCGCCUCACACAGUCUGGACGAGAUGGAGACACUGUGCCACCGCAUCGCCAUCAUGUCGGGCGGCGAGUUGCGCGCGCUGGGCUCGGCCGCCGCGCUCAAGAUACAACAUGCUCAAGGCUACACCGUUGUCUUCAAACUGGCCACCGAGAAGGUUAAUGAUGAUGUCCUGCUGAACGAGUUUAAGGAACGGCUGAAUAGCCACUUCGACUGCGAGCUCAAAGACCAACACCGGAACAUGCUGAGCUACCACGUAAAAACCUCGGUCGGCUACAGCACGCUGUUCACUCUAUUAGAGGAGCAGCGAGCAGAGUUCCCGGAAUUAGUGGAAGACUACACUGUCUCGGACACCACGCUUGAGGAGGUGUUCCUCAUACUGGCUAGAGAGGCUAAAGAGGCCAAUCAACCUCCACCUCCACCCUCUGUCUAAAACGUAUUACAAGCAAGCUGGCUGGAGGACUACACGAUCAUUGACACCACGCUUGAGGAGGUAUUC